GCGGCCGGCGGGGACACCCGUGCUGGGGCUGCCGACUCGGGGGUGACAUCAUGGUGCUGUCCGCCGCUGACAAGGCCAACGUCAAGGCCGCUUUCGGCAAAAUCGGCGGCCAGGCCGAGGAAUAUGGCGCCGACGCCCUGGAGAGGAUGUUCACCACCUACCCCCAGACCAAGACCUACUUCUCCCACUUCGACCUAAACAAGGGCUCUGCUCAGGUCAAGGGUCACGGCAAGAAGGUGGCGGCUGCACUGGUCGAAGCCGUCAACAACAUCGAUGACAUUGCUGGUGCCCUCUCCAAGCUCAGCGACCUCCACGCCCAAAAACUCCGCGUGGACCCUGUCAACUUCAAAGUGAGUGUCUGGGAAGGGGUGACCAGCCCAGCCUCCCUCCUGCACCCCUUGGCUAACCCCUUGCCUCAUUCCCUUGCUCACCACAUCGUUUUGCCUUUCAGCUGCUGGGCCAUUGCUUCCUGGUGGCGAUAGCCACUCGCAGCCCCUCUCUCCUGACCCCAGAGGUCCACGCUUCCCUGGACAAGUUCCUGUGCGCCGUGGGCACUGUGCUGACUGCCAAGUACCGUUAAGACGUGUACCGUGGCCAGAGCUGGACCCAACACAUCACCAGCCCUCUUGACAGCGAGCAGUCAAAUGUUCUGAAAUAAAAUCUCUUGCAUUUGUG